AACGAUUUCUUGUGCGUUGUGUGGACUUCUUUAUUUUGGGAAGAAGGGGCAAUUUUCUCUCUUUUGUAGACCUCCCUCGGCAUCAUGACGAAGUCCUACCGUACGUAUAGCAAGACUGCUCGCAGUCCCAAGCGUCCCUUUGAAAAGGAACGCUUGGACCAGGAAAUGAAACUCCUGGGCGAGUACGGUCUGAAGAACAAGCGAGAGGUGUGGCGCGUGCAGUACGCCCUUGCUAAGAUUCGUUCUGCAGCCAGAGAGUUGCUUACUCUGGAAGAGAAAGAUCCCCGCAGAGUUUUCCAAGGAACUGCUCUGUUGCGUCGCAUGGUUCGUCUGGGACUCUUGGGCGAGUCUGAGCAGAAGCUCGAUUACGUCCUCGGCCUCACUGUCGCCAAGUUUCUGGAGAGACGCCUUCAGACCAAGGUGUUCAAGCUUGGUUUGGCGAAAUCCAUUCACCACGCUCGUGUUCUUAUCCGUCAGCGCCACAUUCGCGUGGGAAAGCACAUCGUCGAUAUCCCCUCUUUCAUGGUCCGUGUAGAUUCUGAGAAGCACGUUGACUACGCGAUCACCUCUCCGUUCGGAGGUGGCCGUCCGGGCCGUGUAAAGAGACGCUCUCUGAAGGGCGGCAACGCUGAGGGUGGAGACGACGAGUAAAGAUACAUAUAUGCUUCGUCUAUUGUGCGUAGGAAGAUUCCUUGGGAGAGAGGUAAAGCGUUUUGGCUCGACCGCGGCAUGUUUUUGUUAUAACUGUCGAAGGACGGGGGCGAGGGGACCGGGUGCCGUCGUGACAGUCGAGAAACGAAAAUCAUCUCUCAAUCUUUGAGCAAAAUUCCGCUUGCCUGAUGCGGCGUGCUGCCGAACGGAGGUGUUCUUUUGGAAAUUUCUGCUGACCGACA